AUCAUCGAAGUGAUUAGCAGUGCUGAGUAGUGUUACUUUGCUAGUUCAAGCAUGUGGUCUAUAGUAAUGGCUCCAAUUAAAGUUCUAGCCACAAGAUUCCAACACCAAUUCAUCCUUAAGGACUUUCAUGAAGCAUUUGCUAAGAUGACAAUCUUCGACUCUUUUCUCUUCAUUAUUAUACACUCCAUUGACAAGUUAGGGAUCUGGCACCAAUUACCUGUAAUUUUGGGGUUAAUAUAUCUGGGGAUUCGGAGACACAUUCACGAAAAGUACAACCUCUUCAACGUUGGAACAACACCACCAAAGGGUGUUGGGUUCAACCCUUCUGAUUUUGCAUUCAGAACUUCUGAUGGAGAAUACAAUGAUCCCUUCAAUGAAGUUGCUGGAAGCCAAGGCUCUUUCUUUGGCAGAAAUGUUCUUCCUGUUGAUCAGAAAAAUAAGUUACUGAAGCCGGAUCCGAGUGUGGUAGCAACAAAACUUCUGGCGCGUAGAACGUACAAAGACACUGGCAAACAAUUGAAUGUGAUUGCAGCUUCUUGGAUUCAGUUUAUGAUACAUGAUUGGAUCGAUCAUCUCGAGGAAACCAACCAGAUUGAAGUGACAGCGGCAAGAGAAGUUGCAGAUGAAUGCCCACUUAAGUCUUUCAGGUUCUACAAAACAAAGGAAAUUCCAACAGGCUCUUAUGAAAUCAAGACUGGAGCUAAGAACAUUCGAACACCAUGGUGGGAUGCAAGUGUGAUAUAUGGAAGCAAUGGAGAAGUUUUGAAGAGAUUGAGAACAUUCAAAGAUGGGAAGAUAAAGAUAUCUGAAGAAGGUGAACUUCUCCAUAAUGAAAAUGGAAUUGCAGUCUCUGGCGAUGUUCGUAAUAGUUGGGCUGGUGUCUCAACUUUGCAGACCCUUUUUGUUCAUGAACACAAUUCUGUCUGUGAUGCUCUCAAGAAAAACUACCCAGAAUUGGAUGAUGAAGAAAUAUAUAGGCAUGCAAGGUUGGUGACGUCAGCAGUAAUUGCAAAAAUUCACACCAUUGAUUGGACUGUAGAGCUCCUUAAAACUGACACUCUACUUGCAGGCAUGAGGGUCAACUGGUAUGGAUUGUUGGGGAAGAAAUUUAAAGACACAUUUGGACAUGUUGGAGGAGCAAUCUUAGGAGGACUUGUGGGAUUGAAGAGACCAAAUAAUCAUGGUGUUCCAUACUCUUUAACUGAGGAAUUUGUCAGUGUUUAUAGAAUGCACUCGCUCUUACCUGAUAAUCUUCAACUCAGAGACAUAUCUGCCACUCCUGACCCCAAUAAAUCUCCACCGUUAAUCAAAGAGAUUCCUAUGAAGAAUUUGAUUGGACUAGAAGGAGAGAAGACUUUAACAAAGAUAGGGGUUGCAAGUCAAAUAGUAUCAAUGGGACACCAAGCUUGUGGAACACUUGAGCUUUGGAACUAUCCAAUGUGGCUCAGAGAUCUCAUACCACAAAAUUUGGACGGCUCAGAAAGGCCAGAUCACGUGGACCUACCUGUUCUUGAAAUUUAUAGGGACAGAGAGAGGAAUGUAGCAAGAUACAACCAAUUCAGGAGGGCAUUAUUGUUGAUACCAAUCUCGAAAUGGGAAGAUUUAACAGAUGACAAGGAAGCAAUUGAAGUACUAGAAGAUGUUUAUGGUGAUGAUGUUGAAGAGCUUGAUUUGUUGGUUGGCUUAAUGGCAGAGAAGAAGAUUAAAGGCUUCGCUAUUAGUGAAACUGCUUUCGUUAUAUUCCUCCUCAUGGCAUCUAGGAGAUUAGAAGCUGAUAGGUUCUUCACAAGCAACUUCAAUGAAGAGACAUACACUAAGAAGGGUUUGGAAUGGGUCAACUCUACAGAGAGCCUUAAGGAUGUUAUUGACCGUCACUACCCUGAAAUUACUCUCAAGUGGCUCAACUCUUCUAGUGCCUUCUCUGUUUGGGACUCUCCCCCAAACACUUCCAAUUCCAUCCCUCUAUAUCUUCGUGUUCCCCAUUGAUCACCAUUUCACCCUUCCAAUUAUAUUAAACUCCCUCUGAUCUAAAAUAAUUAUACUUUCACCACAAUAAAUAAAUGGCUGGCCCACUACUAUUAGGAAACUCAUCAGUCACCAAUAUCAAUAUGACUAAUUAUUGUUGUUAUUUGCAUCCAUAAUAUUACAAGCUAUAUUAUUCAUUC